AUGGCCGACGACCGCAAACCAACGAACAACCAGCUGGCUGUCGACCUUCCUGGCCCAACUGCCUACUGGACUGGACACAAUGAGACGGGCAAAGCUAUCGUCCACUCGAAGCAUCCAGUAGACUGGGUCAAAUACGACGACGACGCCCUCGCCAUGUCCGUAGCCUUCACCACCACCUUCCCCGCCAACCUCAACAACGACGCCGACGUAGCCGAACACGAAGAGAAGCAGAAAAGUGGCAAACUUGGCCUCGUUUCCAAAGGCGGCACAGUCCUCCGCUACGUCGACUUCAAACCUGGCUACACGUGCAUGAUGCAUCGCACCCAGUCAGUAGACUAUGGGAUUGUGCUGGAGGGCCAGGUGGAGAGUAUUCUGGAUAGUGGGGAGACACAGCUGUUGAAGAGAGGGGAUGUUAUGGUGCAAAGGGCGACGAUGCAUGCGUGGAGGAAUCCGAGCGAGACGGAGUGGUGUAGAAUGAUCUUUUGUUUGCAGGAUUGUCAGCCUGUUGUUGUGAAUGGGGAAAGAUUUGGGGAAGAUUUGGGGAGGGGGACGGAGGGGCUGCCGAGUAGUGGGAAUGAU